AUGGCUACUAAAGCCCCUUACAAAACGACUUUUGAACCCGAGCACACUAUACAACCAAUUUAUACUGGAGGGAGUGUUGCGCUUGAUCAAACGGGGCGCAUACUUGCUACAACCCUUGGGGAGGAUGCAUUAUUGACGGAUUUAGAUACAGGGAGGGAAUUAGCCCGGAUAGAAGGAGAUGGAGAGGUCAUCUCGACGUUAAGUCUUACCCCAUCUGCUUCUCAUCUCGUCAUAUGUUCGAGAUCGCUGUCCAUGCGAAUUUACUCCCUACGACCAUCACUUGCUUCUGACCUUACUCUCACCUACGAACUUCUUCGAACUCUUAAGCCGCAUGCUACACCAGUGGUAGUUCUAGCUGUGGACCAGACGAGCACACUACUGGCAACUGGAGCAGCAGAUGGAGUGGUGAAAGUUUGGGAUAUUGCCGGCGGUUACGUCACACAUACAUUUCGAGGUCCUAAUGUACUCAUCUCCGCCCUACAUUUUUUCGAAUUGGUCGCGAGUGGUAAGGACGAAGAAUUAGGCAUUUCAGCACGAAAUCGAAAGAAGGAACGUCUGAAGAGUCAAGCGGAUGAUGAAAGCAAUGAGAACGAGACCGCGAGAGGAUUCCGUCUCGCGUCUGGUAGUCAAGAUGGAAAAGUCCGUAUUUGGGAUCUUUACAAGAGAAAUUGUGCUUCAGUUUUAGAUUCACAUGUAUCCGAUGUUCGAGCUUUAGACUAUUCGCCAGAAGAAAAUGCGCUGCUUACUGGAAGUCGAGAUAAGACAAUAAUGUGGUGGGAUGCGAAGACGUGGAAGAUUCGAAAAGUUAUACCCGUGCUUGAAGAAGUGGAAGCCGCAGGGUUUAUCAAUGCUGGAAAGUUCACAUAUACAGGAGGGUCGAAUGGAAACAUCAGGCUUUGGCAAACGGAAAAUGGCAGAGAAGUCACACAACCGCAGGAGAGUGGUGCGGAGGCAGAUGCUAUUGUAGACGCGCUCUCGUUCCCCAGUAUUCCUUUCAUUUUAUCAAUUCAAGCAGAUCAUACUUUAACCCUUCACUCAACCACUCCCGUGGAAAACGCUGAUUCAACCGUCACCAUCUCGGCCCUACCUCAAAUCCGACGAAUUUCGGGUACUCAUGACGAGAUCAUUGAUUUAGGAUUUCUUUUACCCAAUCAAUCCCUUCUUGCUUUAGCUACCAAUUCUGAGGAACUGCGGAUUGUUUCGCUAAAUCAGGGUUCUCCAACUGACUCUACAGAGUCUACAAAAUAUUUUGGUGCCGACGUCGCCCAACUAAAGGGACAUGAAGAUAUUAUCAUCUGUUUAGAUAUUGACUGGUCGGGUCAUUGGAUUGCCACUGGCGCUAAAGAUAAUACUGCUCGACUUUGGCGAAUUGAUCCCGAAAACUCCUCAUAUACCUGCCACACAACUUUUACUGGACAUGCAGAAUCCCUUGGUGCUAUUGCACUUCCUCAUAUGCCACCACCAGAAUCUUCCGCCGCCUACAAGUCUCCUUUGGAUCAUCCUCCCAGCUUUUUGUUGACCGGUUCCCAGGACCAAACUAUUAAGCGCUGGGAUAUUCAAGCUCAGGUGGUGGCUGGAAAAGCACCAAGAGCUUCAUACACACGCAAAGCUCACGACAAAGACAUCAAUGCAUUGGACAUCAACCACAGCUCUCAAUUAUUUGCAUCUGCAUCUCAAGAUCGAACCGUCAAAAUUUGGUCUGCCGAUGAAUUAGAGGUUCAAGGUGUAUUACGUGGUCACCGUCGUGGUGUUUGGUCUGUAAAGUUCGCGCCGAAAGAUACCCCAACUCUUGUAGGAGAUUCCGGCCCGGCUUCAGGAAAAGGAUUGAUCCUCACCGGAAGUGGAGAUAAGACAGUUAAGAUAUGGAACCUUUCAGACUACAGCUGUCUACGAACAUUUGAAGGGCAUACCAACUCUGUACUCAAAGUGGCAUGGCUGAGAUUACCUGCCCCUGAAGAUAGAAACAGAAAACACGUACAAAUAGCCACAGCAGGUGGUGACGGGCUCGUCAAGGUCUGGAGUGCGGCAAAUGGAGAAUCCGAAUGCACGUUAGACAACCACGAAGAUCGAGUCUGGGCUCUCACUGUCCAUCCUAAAACCAACAUGAUAGUAUCAGGAAGUGGGGACUCAACGGUCACAUUCUGGAAGGAUACGACAUCGGCAACCAUAGCCGCAAGAGAGGCAGCCAAUACCCAAUUUGUCGAGCAGGAGCAAGAAUUGCAAAAUUUCAUACAUGCUGGAAGCUAUAGAGAAGCUAUCGUUCUCGCACUUGCACUUAAUCAUCCUGCACGGUUACUCUCCCUUUUCACAACUGUUGUCACUGGCGCUCAAGAAGAAGGAAGUAUAUCAGGUCUCAAAGCCGUUGAUUCUGUCCUUGCCUCAUUAUCAGAUGCUCAAAUCUUCAGCCUUCUUCUCAGAAUACGAGACUGGAAUACUAACGCCAGGACUGCAUCUGUUGCACAAAGAAUAUUAUCCGUUCUCGUGAAAAGUUACCCCGCUUCGAGAUUAUCGGAUCUAAAAGUUAAAGGAGCUCAAGGGCCGAGAAGUUUAAAGGAAGUGCUAGAUGCUUUGAGGGUAUAUUCGGAAAGACAUUACAAGAGAAUGGAAGAAUUGGUUGAUGAGAGUUACCUUAUAGAAUAUACUUUACGGGAAAUGGAUGGUUUAGGGUUUAUUGAAAAUGAUGGAGCUGGAGAUGGAGCGUUGGAUAUUGGUGGAGAUACUAUUAUGGUGUAA